AGGUCGUGACUCGUGAGUGUUCUUCUCCCCCCGCCAAUUGGCACCCUUCACUCCCUCCCCUCCUCAUCUCUCGUUGCCACAGCUCCUGAAUUUGUAAUGCUGUGCUACACUUGUCGCCGCAUUAGUUGGUGUCACGAUGGAGGAAUUAAGAAGGCCAUAAGCCGGCGGCGCCAUUGCUCCUGUCCCCUAUAGCCAGCUAGCUCGGUUUCUCGCCGCACCGCCUCUGCUCUUGCUCUGCCGGCUGCUCAGCUCCAUCGAUCUCUGCCUGGUGUUCCGAGAUGAACGACCUCUUCUCGUCGAGCUCGUUCAAGAAGUAUGCCGACCUGAAGGACCAGGUGGCGCUGGACGAGAUGGAGGCCGGCAGCGGCAGCGAGAGCGCCAACCUCGACAAGUUCUUCGAGGACGUGGAGGGCGUCAAGGAGGACAUCAGCGGCCUCGAGUCCAUGCACCGCCGGCUGCAGUCGGUGAACGAGGAGAGCAAGACCGCACACGACGCCCGCGCCGUCAAGUCGCUCCGCGCCCGCAUGGACGGCGACGUCGUGCAGGUCCUCCGCCGCGCUAAGGUCGUCAAGGCUAAGCUCGAGGCCCUCGACCGCGCCAACGCCGCCAGCCGUAAGCUCCCCGGCUGCGGCGCCGGCUCCUCCACCGACCGCACCCGCUCCUCCGUCGUCUCCGGCCUCGGCAACAAGCUCAAGGACCUCAUGGACGACUUCCAGGGCCUUCGGACGCGGAUGGCGGCGGAGUACAAGGAGACGGUGGCGCGGCGGUACUACACGGUGACGGGUGAGACGGCGGAGGAGAGCACGAUCGAGGCGCUCAUCGCGUCGGGGGAGAGCGAGACGUUCCUGCAGAAGGCGAUCCAGCGGGACCAAGGGCGCGGGCAGGUGAUGGCCACGGUGUCGGAGAUCCAGGAGCGGCACGACGCCGUGAAGGACAUCGAGCGCAGCCUGCUGGAGCUGCACCAGGUGUUCCUGGACAUGGCGGCGCUGGUGGAGGCGCAGGCCCACCAGCUCAACAACAUCGAGACCCACGUCGCGCGCGCCAGCUCCUUCGUGAUCAGGGGCACCGUGGAGCUCGAGUCCGCGCGCGUCUACCAGAAGAGCAGCCGCAAGUGGGCCUGCAUCGCCGUCGUCGCCGGCGCCGUGCUCGUCCUCGUCAUCGUGCUGCCGAUACUCGUCAACCUCAAGCUCUUGAGCGGCAGAUAGAUGCAGCAUGGCGCGCGGUGAAUUGGUUGAUCGAUGACGUAUCCGUUCGCCUCCAUCGAUCUCUUCUUCCGCGCUGCAUCUUCUUGAUGUAUGUGUUGUCUCGUUCCUUUGGAUUGAGAUGGGGAUUCUUUUAUCAUAGUUAGCCUUUCGAUUUGAUCUAAAAAAUGGAAAACUUGUCAUGGAUCAGAUCAGAAGUGUUACUUUAGGAUGGUUAUUAUCUGUUAUAUCAAAUAUUUAAAUUCCCUCU